AUGUCAUAUAAACUCUUGAAAGAAUCCUUUAUAAGUAACCUCAACGGAACAAGCCUUACUGAGAUUACAGUAGACUUAAGCGUGCCUCCACUUCUUGUCCUCUGUAGAGGUUUGUUGUUUAUUCUUCAUCAUCAAAGAUAUGGUGAAAGAUUAUACUCAUGGAAAGUCCACUUGUUUCUAGAUUUUAUUCUGCUCAUCCUACCACAGGUUAUGUGCUGCACAGUCCUUGCAGAUAACCUGUAUAUGGGGCAUCAAGUCAUUGUGACUUUGUGUGUUGUAUUACUCUACACUAUAUACAGAGGGAAAGUCGUGUUUACCAAUGUGCCAUUCAAAUACAUCUGGAAACAAUUCCAAGAAAUACAAGUGGACUAUGACGCAGUGCCAGCAGUUACGUCACUACGUGUUCUCAUGAAUCUGUACACUGCUGUAUAUAUCUUGGCAGUGGACUUCCCUAUAUUUCCCAGGCGAUAUGCAAAAACAGAGACUUAUGGCACAGGAACCAUGGACAUAGGGGUAGGGUGCUUUAUCUUUGCCAACUCUCUGGUUUCCCCUGAAGCCAAAGGAAGAGGUGUAAUCCUGAAGAAUACUUUUUCCAAUGUGACAAAACAGCUGUUUGCAGUGUGGCCUCUAAUUGCCCUUGGAUUAGGCCGGUUGAUCAGUGUCAAAACAUUAGCAUAUCAUGAACAUGUGUCGGAGUAUGGAGUUCACUGGAACUUUUUUUUUACUCUGGCAGUCAUUAGAGUAAUGGCGUCCCUGUUGUUAACAUUAUUUCCAGUACAAAAGGCAUGGAUUCUAGCUAUAACCCUUCUUUCAUGCUAUCAAGCAGCUCUUGAAACCACCAACCUUAAGAAAUUUAUUUUACAUGGAAGUGAUGGGAAAGGCACAAGAAUUGGUUUCCUAAAUGCAAACAGAGAGGGACUAUUCUCACUUAUUGGAUAUACUGGCAUUUAUAUGGCUGGAGUACAAGUUGGAUUGUAUGUGCUAAAGAAAAGGACAUUUAUAAAAGAUUGGAUGAUGGUCACCUGGAAUCUGAUGUUAAUGACUGUUUAUUUUUUUAUAGUUUUCAAUUUAGUUGAUGAAUUCAUAGAGCCUGUCUCUCGUAGAAUGGCAAAUUUAACAUUCUGCAUAUGGAUUAUAGCAUUGUGCCUCUUUCAGCUCUGCUUGACAUUACUUGUUGACUUGAUCAUAGUAUUUGUAAAGUCUCUGGUCUCUGGAAGCAAAGUGUCAUGUACAUGGGAUAUAAGUAAAAUGCCAAGCUCCAAUAAGAAGCAAGACGUACCUUUGCCCGCUGGCAAAAAGAAAAUAAAUCUGUGUCUGAUUGAAGCUGUCAAUAGAAAUCAAUUGCUGUUCUUCUUGCUUUCAAAUAUCAUGACUGGUCUAGUGAAUAUGUUGGUUGAUACCAUCUACAGCAGCUCUGGAUUUGCCAUUUCUGUGCUUCUGUUUUAUAUGUUUACUAAUUGUUUAAUUGCUUAUGUUCUUCAUAUUACUGACAUUUCUGUGAAGUGUUGGUGA